UCCUGGGUUCACUCUUCAUCCUUGGCCAUUGUGUUUUUUCUCCUGGUUCUUGUGAUGGAUACAUGAACAUAACUGAGCCAUGGCGCAACGUAUUAUUUACAUCAUCUAAAUUUCCUGGCUACCCAAAGGAUGAUGUAGCUCUUGCUCAGAAGUGGAUUCGCUUCACAGGGUUUGGUGGAGACAGAAUAGUUACAGGCUGCUAUAACGGUCCCAUUGGUGGUACCCAAUACGCCAUACAUGUUCCAUUUUCAUAUCCAACAACUGAAUCUGAAACUCCAACAACAGGGACUGCAUAUGGAAAUUGCAUUGGUGAUAAUUUUCCAAUGAGUGUGGUCCUCUGUCCUGGAGGAUUCUACAUAUACAAACUAUUAGUGCACCCAUAUAGCAAUAUGGGUUAUGUAACCUAUCAUUAUGAAUGUAAACCGGACUCCUGUGGACCACUUGCUAAGUGUUCAGGUUCUGGAGGCUGCAUUUGUGUUCCUGGGUAUGAAAUCCCCCCAGAACACCUACCCACAGCAGAUUCAUAUGGUUGUAUUGACAUAGAUGAGUGCCAGAGGACUGAAGGAAUUUGUGGUCUUUACUCCAAUUGUACUAACUCCAUUGGAGCAUACUUAUGUACCUGUUUGGAUGGAUUCAGUGCGACAGAUCCAACAUUAUCACCUGGAAAGUCCAACCAAUGCAAAGAUGUUGACGAAUGUCUUGACAAAGUAUGUGGUGAUCAUGGGACCUGUCUCAACAACGCAGGAAGUUAUGUGUGUGAAUGCCAUGAAGGCUACCACCUUGUAUCCGAAGCAACUUCUGUUUGCCAAGAUAUCGAUGAGUGUUUCAACUCCACCGUCUGUGGCCCUGACUCUGUUUGCACCAACACACCUGGCGCUUAUACCUGUGCAUGUCAAGUGGGGUUCACGCCAACACAACCAGAUGAGGAACCCAGCGAGGCCAACAUCUGUCUUGAUGUUGAUGAGUGUGUCAAAGAUGCUACUCUCUGUGGACCUGAUGCCAACUGCACAAACUCAAUUGGAUCUUACAUUUGCACCUGCUCGCCUGGUUAUCAGCUGAACAAGCCAGACGUGAUAGCAAGCAUUGCUAACCCAUGCACAGAUAUAGAUGAGUGCAGUGAGACACCUGGUAUAUGUGGUAAACAAACUGUGUGUACUAAUGCACUGGGGACCUUCUAUUGUUCUUGUCCCGAUGGAUUCUUCCCUUCAACUGGAAUCUUGUGGACCUUAGGGGUCUCAUUUUGUAAAAGUCUUCAGAUGAUUUUAGAUGAGAUAAAACCCCCAGAGGGACAGACAAAAGAGAGAGCUUUUCUUGGCAACAUGGACCAACAACUGAAAGACAAUGCAGGCAUCAUCUUACCAGAAGCGACUGUGGCAAACAGCUUCUCAGCAUCUAUGGAAGUGUCAGGUGCUGGACCACACUCCAGGUCAGUCAGGGUGAGUAGUGAAGGGGACGGGGAGACCGGCAGUGUGAUCCUGGGCAUCUCAGACCGUUUAGUGUCUGCAAUAGUGCAGCCAAGUCGGAACCAAACCAGGAGAAAUGUGACGAGUUCAAUAGUGGAUUUAAGUCUUGAAACUAUUGGACCUGGAAGCAACAAUGUAAAGAGGUCUUCUCUCUCAGCCAAAGGAAACACCAUGGAGAUCAACCUGGAAAGUCUGGCUAAAAAUAACAAUGGUUCUGCAGCAGCUGCCUUUAUGACACUGAAUGGGAUGGAGAGUCUUCUUAGUCACCAAUACUUUAAAACAGAAAACAGUACAGAGAUGUACUCGGACGUCAUCACUGCAAUCUUACCCUCAAUGAACAACACCAACCUCACCGAGCCUGUCAACUUUACCAUCUAUCACAAGAAGAUAGUACCUCAAUCAGGUUUUGUGACCUGUGUGUACUGGGAGGACAAAUCAAAGGAGACUGGAAUCGGAGAAGGAAGUGAAAAUGGAGGAGAAAAGACCAUGCGUUGGUCAGUAGAGGGCUGUUGGAUUGCAUACACCAAUGAAAACUACACGGUGUGCAGCUGCUCUCAUCUCUCCACAUUUGCCCUCAUCAUGCAGAUAGGGGAGCCUCCGCCAAAUGAUCCUUUUCUAGAGUGGCUAAACCGAAUGUGUGUGAUUGUCGGACUAUUCUUCUUUGCGUUGGCCAUCUUCACCUUCCUCCUGUGUAGCUGGAACCCCAAGAUCAACAACACAGCCCGUCUUCACCUCUGCCUCAGCCUCUCCUUGUCCCAUCUGCUGCUGCUGUGGAAUGACAGAUAUGUUGACCAUGAGCUGGCCUGCACCGUCAUGGCGGGGCUUCUCCACUUCUUAGUUGUUGCUAGCUUUGUGUGGAUGCUGCUGGAGGCGCUACAACUCUACCUGUUGGUCCGAAGGCUCUCCAAGGUGCAGGUCAUCCAGAGAGAUGGCCUCCCCAGGCCCUUUCUCUACCUGAUUGGCUACGGUGUUCCAUUUGUGAUUGUGGGUAUUUCUGCACUGGUAUAUUCUGAUGGAUAUGGUGCUACUGAGGCAAAAGUGUGCUGGCUCUCUAGACAGCGCAAUUUCAACUGGGCUUUGACAGGCCCUGUGAUUUUAAUCCUUGGACUUAAUUGGACAUUGUUCUGUGCUACCCUAUGGAGUCUGAGACCCACCUUGGCCAACAUGAAAAGUGAUGUUUCUCAAUCCAAAGACACCAGGUUGAUUGUGUUCAAGAUCCUGGCCCAGUUUGUCAUACUGGGCUGUACCUGGAUUCUAGGCCUGUACCAGACAAACCUGUUCUUCCAGGUCCUCUUCAUUUUCCUCAACUCCCAGCAGGGCACUUUCCUUUUCAUCGUCCACUGCCUGCUCAAUAAGGAGGUGCGAGAGGAGUACUUGAGAUGGCUGACAUGCUCUUGUGGAAAAGACAGAUCUGUGAAAGAUGCACCUUCAGUCUCUGAGGAUUUGGACAAGCCUGAGGAACAGACAGAUGAGGGGAAAAACGGAUGAUGACUAAUCUUGAUGAAGGGAGCAGAAAAAAAGGAGAAGAGAGAAAGAACAGAGACAAAAUCAUCUGUAUCAUGUUGUUUUUAUCUUUUAGAAAUUCUAGUUUAACGAAUGCAAAAGGUGACAUGUAUUUCAGUGAGUGCUACUCUUUCUCCAAUUACUGUAGUCAGACUUUGAAUAACUGUACAAUACAAUAAAUAAUGGGGUAUUAACACUAUCAGUUAAUAUAAUUAUGCUGAAGAGACUUGAGAUGUAGUUCAUGUAGCAAGUUUGAUAGUCAUACAGUACAUAUUUGAAAGCUUUUAGAAACCUGCUGUUUUUUUGUCAUUUCUACACUAUGUCCUUAUCAUGUUAAACUAUAAUAACUAUUAAAUUACCUUAACAGAUUAAUGUAGCAAACAUUAGGGCUUGCACAAAAGAAAAUAAUAGUGUAAAAGUAUUUUUUACUCCUGAAUAUUUUAUAAAAUGAGACCCAUAAUAUAUGAAAGUCAUCACAUUGUUAUGAAACAUUGGGAACUUUGAAAUUGUCACCAUCUCUCCACCUAAUUCAUUUGCUUGGGUGUGGGAGCUUUCACAAACAUGUUACUGCCCACACCUGUCAAUCACUGUCUAAAAAAACCCAAACCUUCUACAAAGUAAAAACAUUCAUGUCUCAGUUGUUUAUUUGUCUUCCCAUUUGCAUUGUAUUUACAUGAGAGCUGGGACACCUCGAAGGUGUAUCGAAUUUUACAAGACAAAUUCAAGGGACGGGCAAAGCCAAGCAUAUUCUCUCUCAUUUACAUUGUAUGUAUUUAAAUUGUAUUUACCUCACACAUGGAUUCAGAUGCAGCGGUCACAAAAGCAUAUUAAACUUAAAAAUGUUAGAUCGGUAACAUGAAAAAACACCCAAGAGUGCAAGGAUCAACCUAGUUUACUUCUUUGUAUAUCAAAGAGGUCUCUACCAGACAUGCAUAUAAUGUAUGCAUUACAGAAGAAAAUAAAAACAUCUCCUUACUGCCCUUUAUCAUCUUUGGAAGGCAACACUGAUGUGCACUCCACUUUUGGCACUUUCCCAUCUCGUCCUUGCAAUCAUUCAUCACUUUAAAAGUUUAUUUUUACUGGGAUAAUGCACAUUAUUCACUAUUACUGUGGCAGUAUUAAC